AUGAGCGUCCAACUUCCCCCGCCCACGCAUCGCAAGCGCACCCUCCCUCAAGGCGAGCUCGAAGCCGCGUCCACGCUCAAGCUGGGUGCUGACCAGCACACGCACACAUUGUCACUGUCUGAAGCCCGACUCGUCAUUCACAAGGUGCUGGAGAACAAGCGACGCGGGGGCAACAAGUACGAGGAGCCGGAGAACUUGACCAAGACACUAGACUACCUGGACGUGUUUGCGCGGUUUAAAGACGAGGAGAAUAUCAAGGCGGUGGAGCGUCUACUUAACUCGCAUACGGAGCUCGAGAUGUUUGAGCGAUCACAGCUCGGCAGUCUGUGCUGCGACAAUGCGGAAGAGGCGAAGUCGCUGAUCCCCAGUCUUCAAAACAAGAUCACGGACGCCGAUCUCCAAGAGCUACUGGAUGAGCUGACCAAGCUGCGGAACUUUACAGAGUAG